AUGAGCCCUCAGGUGGAUGGCCCAGCUGAAGCUGCGGCUGUGGAUUUGGAAAAUGCUCGCCAGAGGAGCUUGGAUGUCGCGCCUGUUGAGUUCGAGCCUGAGAAUAAGAUGAACAAUACGCCGGAAUAUAAGCAAGAUGCUUUCGGUAAUGAAGAAUUUGCUGAAGUCAAGUAUAAGAUCAUGAAGUGGUGGCAAUGCGGUUUGCUUAUGGUUGCUGAAACCGUCUCUCUUGGUGUCCUGUCUCUCCCUGCUGCUGUCGCAACGCUGGGUCUUGUGCCUUCAAUUAUCCUCAUCAUCGUCCUCGGUCUCCUCGCAACAUGGACCGGCUAUAUGAUCGGACAAAUGAAAUUGAAAUACCCCUACAUCAUGACCAUGGCCGACGCAGGAGAAGUCCUCGGCGGCCCAUUCGGACGCGAAUUUAUGGGCGUCUGCCAGAUCCUUUUCCUCAUCUUCAUCAUGGCGAGUCAUCUUUUGACAUUUACCGUCGCCAUGAACACUAUUACCAGCCAUGGCACUUGCUCGCUUGUUUUUGGCAUUGUUGGCACAAUCAUUUCCUUCCUGUGCUGUCUGCCACGUACUUUGGAGAAGAUGUCUUGGUUGUCUCUUGUUUCAUUCGUCAGCAUCAUCGUCGCGGUAUUCAUCUGCAUGAUCGCCGUCGGUAUCGAAAACCCCGGCAGUGGAGUUGUCGCUGUUGCCAAAACCGAUCUCUACCAUGGUUUCUCGGCUGUCUGCAACAUCGUCUUCGCUUUCUCCGGCCACGCUGCCUACUUCGGUCUGAUGGCUGAGCUGAAGAAUCCCCGCGACUUCACAAAGUCUCUCUGCCUGCUUCAGGGAAUUGAUAUUAGUUUGUACAUGGUUGCCUCCCUGGUGAUUUACCGUUACGCUGGUGAUGGUGUUACUUCGCCUGCCUUGGGAUCAGCUUCGCCCUUGAUUGCGAAGAUUUGCUAUGGCAUUGCUCUGCCUACGAUCAUCAUUGCUGGUGUUAUCAACGGCCACGUCGCAGUCAAGUAUGUCUAUGUCCGACUUCUGGCCGGAACAGACCGAAUGCACAAGCGCGACUGGAUCGCCGUCAGCUUGUGGCUCGGCAUUGCCGCAGGUCUCUGGAUCAUUGCGUGGAUUAUCUCUGCCGCAAUUCCCGUCUUCAGCAGCCUGCUGAGUUUGAUUACUGCUCUGUUCGCUUCCUGGUUCAGUUACUGCCUGGGUGGUGUUUUCUGGCUGUAUAUCAACAAGGGCCGUCUGACAUCCUCGCCGCGGAUGAUCGUCUUUACUAUUAUCAACCUGGUCCUUAUUGGAAUUGGGUUGACUAUUUGUGGUAUGGGUCUUUGGGUGUCUGGAAAGGCUAUUCACGAUAAUCCCAGCAGUGCGAGCUUUUCGUGUGCGAAUAAUGCUUGA